AUGUUCCAAAUUAAAUAUGUGGACUUGUUCAUUGCCUGCCACAAGUCACGGGGCAAGAGGCCGUCACGGGCUGGGAGGGGACCCAGCGCGGGUCUGGCUGACCCUGUGUGUGCCCCGCGGCCAGCAGGCCUGCAGCCCUGGAAGUCCCCGGUGGGAGCCCGCACGUCUUCCGGCAGAACGGGCUGCGCUGCUGAGGAACAUGGAUCCGGAAACACGGGGGCCUCGUCGUUUCCGCGGAAGGAGGGCCCUCGCCGCAGCGCGGCGCGGCGCGUGAGCCUGGCCGGCGGGGACCCCGCACUCCUGUCCCAUCGCUCUCGGACCCGGGGUGGCCGCCGCGCGGCUGGAGCCGGUCCCGGGGCCAGGCUGGAGGAAGAGCAGCGCGCCCGACCCCGCCGCUCCCGGUGCAGUUUCCGCGGCGUCCGCCAGGCCGCGCUGCCGCCGGCACGGCUCGGCUCGGCUCGGCUUGGCCCGGGACCGCCCUCCACGGGGCCACGUCAGCUCCGUCCUCCGUCCUCCGUUCUCCGUCCUCCGUCUGGGAUGGGCAAGGCGGCGGCGGCCCUCGGGGCCGAGGGUAACGGAGCUGCUCCCGCCCUUCCAGAGGCUCAUCCAGCCGGAGGAGAUGUGGCUGUACCGGAACCCGUACGCGGAGGCCGACUACUUCCCAACCAAGCCGAUGUUUGUGCGUGCGGAGCGGAGCGGCCUGCCUUGCGGCCUCCGGGCUCCUUCCGAGUCAUUGCAUUUCUCUCUCCGUUGUUUCUGAUCCUCCUGGCCAAAUGUCUCAAGAAGGCAGACACGGCAGACAGCAGACAAGCCUGCCUGGCUGCCAGCCUUGCCCUGGCCCUGAACGGCGUCUUCACCAACACGAUAAAGCUGAUAGUGGGGAGGCCACGCCCGGACUUCUUCUACCGCUGCUUCCCCGACGGGCAAGCCCGCUCUGACCUGAUGUGCACGGGGGAUAAGGAUGUGGUGAACGAGGGCCGGAAGAGCUUCCCCAGUGGACAUUCUUCCUUUGCAUUUGCCGGCCUGGCCUUCGCGUCCUUCUACCUGGCAGGGAAGUUACACUGCUUCACGCCGCGAGGCCGAGGGAAAUCCUGGAGGUUCUGUGCCUUUCUGUCACCUCUACUCUUUGCAACUGUGAUCGCCCUGUCCCGCACCUGUGACUACAAGCAUCACUGGCAAGGUAAGCGUGGUGUCCAGGCCACGGAUGCCUCCGUGUUUCUCCCGUCAGCCCUCCCCAGCCCUGGGCACGAGGAGACCCUCCCCAGGUACCUGCUAAGUGGACACACCAGUGUUCUGUCCUGCAUUCAGAGCUCCAUGCAGCAUGAGAAAGCACACGGUAUCCUUAAAGAGAUUACCGAGGAGGGACAUCCUAACUUUCCCAUUAUUUUGAAGCAUCAUAAGUUCAGAAUAAACUCUCUAGGAAUUUUUUUUUUUUACAACCAACCUCAAAGCUCAAUUUACUACUGUCUCAAAAUAAAUCAAGGUCAUUGUCCUGAGACUUCUGCUCAGAAACAAAAGUAAAAUUCAAGAAACCACAAAAUUGUGAUUAAACCAAAGAAAUUUAAGUUGAAUGAAUAGAGUAAAACAUCUAAAUAACAGAAUAAUCUGCACAGAAAACCUCACAGUUCAAAAUAAAAGCUGGCAGUACUGCUCAGAGGCCCUGAGGAGGUCUGUUUGGAAGGAAAAACCAAAUUUUUGUAGAGAAGCACCUCCUGGACAGUUUGCCCUUCCUCUAGAACCUCUGAGUGGUGAGAAGGGCUGUGGAUAACAUUUAGUGAAUGUGUUAUUCUUUUGGAUUAAAAAAUUCAGUCAAAUGAAUUCGGAAAAGGCCUUGUUACACUUACUUCAUUAAAAAUGUGUGUUGAUUCGGGGUUCAGACAACAACCUGAUGCUGACAGUGCUGCUCUAUGUGACACAACUAAGAAACCAUAAACGUGGACUUCAGGGGGGUCUGCAGUCAAACCACUGGAGUGGCCGGAGGGCCCAGCGCCCCGCUGGGCGGCGCCCACCACGA